AUGUCCGACUCGCGCUCAGGGCCGGUCUCAUUAGCACGGUACCGACCCAUCCUCUACCUUUUUACUGGUGUCGCUGCUGCAUAUGCGAUUCUUUAUGUUCACAACAAUGUCCUUUCACAAUCAUCGUCAACUCCACUCCGACGUCGAAAUGCUGUGCGGCGCACAAGACGAACAGAAGCCGAAGAACUCGGGAUCGCGGAUACCCCAUCUUAUCGAGCGAUUACCCAUCUCGAACAGCUCGAGCGGCAAAAUGGAGUAUACGGAACAUUUCGCAUUGAGACUGAGGAUGGGCGCCGGGUGGAAAGUGGUCUUCUCCCAUCACUACUUGCAACACGCGACCAGCUGAUGGAAGAGGUUGGCGUGCCACCAGCUCAUGCAGAGCGCAUGCGCGAGAUGAUGGAGGACACAUUUCUUGAAUCUUUCCUUGCGCUUGAUUUUCCAUCUGCGCAUACCCUUCCUGAAGAGACCGCAGAAAGAACCUACUUGACCGAACAACUUCAACGCCGCGGUAUCUCCCGGGCGGGUAUCGAAAGAGCAUUGGUUCGCUUCAACGGAGACGAAAACUAUGGAGAGGAGCUGCGCCGGCGGCGACAAAAUGGAGAACGGGUCACACUCUCAACUUCAACCUUCCCAGACGUGUCGGUGCCGCCACAAAAUCCUGAUGGUGGAGAAACGGUGGUAGACGAUCAGAGUGUAUUCUCGUGGCGCGAUGGAAACAACGACCCCUCGAACCGAGAAGGCCAAAAUUUACUCAACUUGCUCUACCAUAUUGCUGAGGAUCAGGCACGGAGAGAUGGCUACAUCCACCGAGGAGUUACUUGCAAUAGCUGCGGCGCCAUGCCGAUCCAGGGUAUUAGAUAUCGGUGUGCGAAUUGCAUCGAUUACGAUCUCUGUGAAACGUGUGAGGCGAUGCAAGUGCACAUUAAAACGCAUUUGUUCUACAAAGUGCGGAUCCCAGCCCCAUUCUUAGGAAACCCACGUCAAUCUCAACCUGUGUGGUAUCCCGGGAAGCCUUCAAUGCUCCCACGCACCCUCUCGCGAGCUCUCGCGAAGCGUCUCAUGAAAGAGACCAAUUUUGAAAAUACAGAACUAGAUGCCCUUUGGGAUCAGUUUCGCUGCUUAGCAAAUUAUGAGUGGGCGGACGACCCCAACAAGUUGCAUAUGGCCAUCGACCGUAAAACUUUUGACCGUUGCUUUGUACCUAACACCUCCAUCCGACCACCUCCCCCAAGUCUCAUUUACGACAGAAUGUUCGCAUUCUAUGACACCAAUGGUGAUAAUCUCAUUGGAUUUGAGGAGUUCUUGAAAGGGCUGGCCAGUCUCAACAACAAGAGUAACGAUGAAAGGCUGCGGCGAGUAUUCCGUGGUUAUGAUAUUGACGGAGAUGGCUUUGUUGAACGCAAAGACUUUCUACGUGUUUUCAGGGCAUAUUAUGCGUUGAGCCGAGAGCUUACCCGGGACAUGGUUGCUGGAAUGGAAGAUGACUUCUUGGAGGGCGGAGCCCGUGAUGUCGUUCUCGGUAGUCAGCCCAUCAGCUCUGCAUUCCCUGGCAGCAUCCCUUCGGGCGAACGCUCGCGCAUAGGUGAAGGGAAACGCUUGAACUCUGAGGGCGAUAUGGAAAUCAUCGACAAUGAGGGGAUCUUGCGACAGGAUGGGGACGAUACUGGCGAUCGUCAUUUGGUCAUAGGCGAUGCUGCUGUCAGGUCACAGUUUGGUCGAUUGCGGCCAUUGUUCCCAUCCUCGCUUCGUCUGCCACCCAACGAGUCUAAUACUCGCCCGUCGGGUCCCCAGGAAGGCGGUGAAAAUGAGGACGAUGACGACGACGGUAGCGAUACCAGUGGCUCGGACCAAUCUAGCUCGUCGGUGGCUAGCGGCACCUGGCCUCCAGCUGAGCAUAUACUCGAAGAGGACAUUAUCGAGGCCCUUGGAUCAUAUAUUCCUCAACAGGAGAUUACAGACCCCAUUGAUAGGGCUCGUGUCGCAGAUGCUGUCUAUCACAGAAUGCGCGAAGACGACCAAAGACGGGUGUUUGACGCUCGUCAACGUGGGAUCGAUGAACGAUGGAGGCGUCGGGCUUUCUAUACGGACGAAGAAGAUGGCGCCACCGCCCCUGAGGGCUAUGAAAAGGAUCCAGCCAUCGAUGACUACAGUGAUGAAGACGACCUAGAUGGACAGGAAUCGCACCCGCCCUCUCCUCGCUCACGGUCUUCGUCCAAGGUGCGAUUCCAGGAUGAUCUAACUGAUGACUACGACACCCGAUCCAACCCAUCAACCUCGUCACGCAGCAUUCUUCUUGGUGAACGAUGGGGCGGCUUUGAAAUCCCAGAAGUCGAAAAGGACGUUGGGAAGGAGAUUUUGUAUCAAGUCACGCAGCAAGGGUUCAACGAGCUUCUUGACAUUCUAUUCAAGCCAACAGAAGAUCUUCUGAUGGAAGUCUAUCGCACGCGGGCUGAUCGUAAAGUUUGGGCCCGUGAGAUAGAACUCGCCGAAAAAGAAGGCCCCUCAAAACGCGUCAAGCCGGAAAAUGCUCCAAGUGAGGAGGAACUUGAAGAAAUCACCAAGGACAGUCCGCUUGAUGAUCUACUACAGCGCUCUGGCUACUCGGUUCAAGGCUCGGUCCUUGAAUCUGCCAAUAUGGGGCCAGUCCUAGCUCCACCGUCACUUGAGGCUACUGCAUCAGACAAUGACCACGACGACGAUGGCAGCGACAGUAAUGGUGAUGACGACGACGAUAGUGUGGGACCAGCACAUCUCACCCAUCCUGAUCUUAAUGCAGAAAUUGGGCAAACACGGCCAUUCGAAGAAUCCGACUCUGUUUCUGCCGCAUCAUCUGAUUUCGAAGGUGACAUUGCCCCUCUACAGGCAUCCGAUAGAGAGCCAUCCAUCUAUAUCGAUGAAGAAGAGACGUGUUACUACGAUCCCACUCUCCCACAGCAUCGUCCUGACUCCGAGACACCUCGUCCCAGUCUUUCUUUCUCCGCAGAGCCAAUUGUCAUGGCCCCAGAACUAGCCGAUGACUCAGACUUUGAUUUGGAAGCGUCCCCACCCACGAGCACAACUCAUAACCUCCCCGCUCAACUACGACUCUCGCCUGGGACUACUUCCCUUCCUGCCCCUCCCUCUCCCCACUCCUCUCCCGAAGCCGAGGCCACAGCCCCCAAGCUUCCCCCUCUCCUAUGCAACCACUUCCGCCCCCUCACCGAAUCAAUGACCAGACACAUGAAGCUGCCGCGCCACGCCGGCCUUCACCAAAGACCUUGGCCCGCUGGGCCUACUUGA